GAUUUCUGGAAUAUGAACUUUAAAGAAAGGGAAGGAAAACUAACUCCCCUCUCUACAGCCCACAUUGGUCUGUGCCAAAUCCACUACUUGGUGGAAUCUUUCCAAUCGAGUCAUACCGUUCUGGACAGAGGAGGAGACGAGACUAGAACUGACUUUUCUAGAAAUUUCUUUUGAGGUUUUUGGCCAAUACGAGUGAAGACUGAGUCACCAUGUCAUUUCGACACAUCGCGACACUUGCCGUGCUCCUUGCAGUCGUCAUCGCAGCUGAAGGACGCCCCAAGGCCGACGAUGACUUUGCUGCUGCCAAGAAACGUGCUGCCAAAGCUGAAUCGGACCAGCUCAGCAAAGCUAAUGAAUUGCCCAAGGUGGCCCCGGCCGAGUACGAAAAAGUGGUGAACAAGGAAGCCCGCGUAGGUAUUGACCAGGCAGGAUCGAGGGGCAUUGUGUUCAUCCCCGACUACAGUGAUAGCAUUGGAUCAGAGGCCAGGGCAAAUACUGAUGAAAUCAGCCAGGUGAGGGACAAGCUGUACGAACAGGCUGUAAAAGACUUCAAAGAGCAACAGGCCGCUGAAAUGACUGCCCUGGUGGAAGACCCGCACCGCCAAUUUGUGAGGGACAUGCUGUACAGUCAGGCUGUAGAGGGAUUCGAAGCGCAACUGGCCGCUAAAAUGACUGCCCGGGUGGAAGACCUGGAGCGCCAAUUUGACAGGGCCGAGCUGUACCUUCUGGCUGGAGAACCCUUCAAAGUGCUGGCCGCUGAAACGGCUGCCCGGGUGGAAGAAAUGGAGCGCUACCCAUCUGUGAGGGACGAGCUUUACAAGCAGGCUGGAAAAGACUUCAAAGAGCUUGAGGCCUCUAAAAUGACUGCCCGGGUGGAAGACCCGGACCGCCAAUUUGUGAGGGACAUGCUGUACCGUCAGGCUGUAGGAGAAUUCGCCGCUGAAAUGGCUGCCCAGGUGAUCGAAGCACGGGAGUUGUCAAAGGCGGGUGAGGUUCUCAUGGCUCGCGCCCUGUCGCAUGACAUUGCCGUCAGGCUGUGGAAACAUUCGCCGCUGAAAAUGCCUGGCCUCAUUGGAGCACGGGAGGUGUCAAAGGGGGAUGAAUUUCUCAAGGCUCGCGCCCUGUCGCAUGUGAGGAGCGAGCUGCCCCAUUUGGCUGAAGACGACUACAAGCGCAAAGAGCAGGAGGUCGCUGAUAAGCCGGAAGCCCGGUCGAUAGAUUAUGAGGAGUAGCUCCUGUGAUGGCGCCUCGUGCCGCCAGAGAACCACCAUCUACCUCGCCUUCGUGCUAACACUGCAUCACGUGACAGGCUACAUCAACCAAUCACCGCCCUUCAUCGCAACACAUAAAUAACAACAACAUGACAGUACAUGUAAUCCACGUCUAUAUAGCCGUAACGAUCUCAAAUAUCAUCCGCCAUUGUUGUAAUACUGCUGAAUCAAUUGUGUGGGUUUUUUUUAUCUUUAUACGCAUACAAGUUUCUUUUCGUGUAUGGCAUUUUAUCUGAUACAGAAAUUAUAUGGCUUGUUAAGUUGAAUUUCAGUUAAUAAACAAAGAUGUGUGGUCAACAUGUGUGUUGGUUUGUACUUUUUGUAACUUAGCUUAGUUAGAAUUUGAAAGUUUUGAUGAUAAUGGAUUGGAAAGAUUGUGGUUUUCGAAGGCCAAGGGUAUCAUCUUUUGAAAUCUAACAGGCCAAACAGAGCAAAAUACUUGUAGUAAAAUAAAUGACUUAUUCAAAAUGCAAAGAACAAUAGUUUAUAUAAAGUAUAAAGUAUAGCAGUAGGUUAAAGUAUAAAGUACAACCAUAGGU